UCAUUCCCAAUGGGCAUGGUUACCAAGUGUCAUGGCGGCCACCGGGAGAUUGUUGUAGUGUGCCAGAGACAGACCGCGGAUUGUUCUGUAUUAAACUGAACUGUUUAUUAUAAUAUUGGGGACAUUUGAAUGUAAAAAGUUUUUUUUAAACAUGGGGACUGUGUAUGCCAGGAGUCUGGACCCCCUUCCUAUGCAAGGACCUGAGCUGGGGGUUCAAGCAGAUGACAUGGACCUGGGAGAACCAGAGCAUGAAGAGAAACAGGAAGUUCUUGAAAAUAAAGACGUUGUAGUACAGCAUGUGCACAUCGAUGGCCUUGGGAGAACAAAGGAAGACAUUUUAACAUAUGAGAUUGCAGAUGUUUUCCGUGCCAAAAGCUUGAUUGAUGUAAUGAAGAAGUCCCAUGAGGCCAGACAGAGACUUUUGCGUAUGGGGAUAUUCAGACAUGUGGAAGUUGUCAUUGACACUGCUGAAGGUGCUAAUGCGCUGCCGAAUGGACUAGAUGUGACAUUUGAGGUGAAGGAGCUGAGAAGAAUGACGGGAAGUUACAACACCAUGGUUGGGAACAACGAGGGAAGCAUGGUGCUGGGUCUGAAAUUGCCCAAUGUUUUUGGCCGUGCAGAGAAGCUGACCUUCCAGUUCUCUUAUGGGACUAAGGAAACCUCAUAUGGCUUGUCAUUCUUCAAGCCCCAGCCUGGACACUUUGAGCGCAACUUCUCCAUUAACUUGUAUAAAGUCACGGGCCAGUUCCCAUGGAGCUCACUCAGAGAAACGGACCGAGGGGUCUCCACCGAGUUCAGCUUCCCCAUCUGGAGGACAAAUCACACUUUGAAGUGGGAGGGCGUGUGGAGAGAGCUGGGCUGUUUGGCCCGUACGGCCUCCUUCGCUGUCAGGGAGGAGAGUGGCCAGUCCCUGAAGUCCUCACUUUCCCACACAAUGGUCAUCGACACACGCAAUUCUACCAUUCUUCCAAGAAAAGGUGCCUUAUUGAAGAUCAACCAGGAACUGGCAGGUUACACUGGAGGAGAUGUCAGUUUCCUGAGGGAAGACUUUGAAAUUCAGCUCAACAAGACUCUGUUCUGGGACUCGGUGCUCUCUACCUCUCUGUGGGGAGGUAUGUUGCUGCCUUCAACAAAACCUCCCACUGAGAAAAAUAUCAUCUGUGCAGUGUCAUAUUGA